AUGGCACUGGUAAUGUGCCGGAGCUGCUGGAGCCCUUGCGGCGUCUCUAAUGGCGUUUACGAGCCGCUUUCUGGGACGGAUACCAACGCCUACGACUACGGGACCAGCAUCAAUAGACCCUACGAGGUCGAGAAGCCACCUUCGGCGCAAGUCUCUCAGCCAGACGUCUAUGUCCCUACUACCAUCGCCUCCAAUGUACCAAACCCCUUCCCCGUCACAGAUCCUGGGAUGGAGAGCCCCAAUCACACUAUGGCUCCUCAGAACCCCGGACAUGACCCCAUCGUCUACCCGGCUGAUGUAUCGACGGCUGUGUACUACACUAACACGACUGUUAUUUCUGGCGGUGAUCCUAUCAACUUUUCCAGCCUUACCAAUGAUCGUCAUCUUUCCGCAAGAGAAGGCAUGCCAGGCCCAUACAACGACAACAUGAUGGGCAUGACUGUGUCUCCCGCGCUGCAUCAGCCAUCAUCCAUUCCUGCGAGGACGGCAAGUUUUACAAUGCCCCCCGCCUAUGCUAUGCAGUGCGUCAAAACCGAGGAAGUGGAUAUAUCAGCCCACAGCAAUAGCCUCGAUGUUGUUUUCCCUCAUCAGCGACCGCCGGCUUCCAAGCGCGGCCCUUUCAAAGAUCAGAAGGCGCGGGAAGAAACUGCUGCAACGAGAAAGCAUGGAUCUUGCAUUCGGUGUAAGAUGCAACGAGUGCGGGGUCCAUGUGUGGGAUGCAAGCCCAAGUCGUCCAACAAUCACCAUAAGCAACUCUUCAGACAACCUUGCGUGCGUCGCAAGAUCACAGAAUGCAACUUCUUUAAACGAGGCCAGGCGCCUGGCUACGAGUGGACACGGCGCUGGGGCAACGGCAUCGUAGACAAUAUCAACAAUUGGGCAUCGAGUGAAGUGAAGACAAUCCGUCUAUGGGAAGGAUACACGCCGGUCGAAAUGUGCGUGCAAUUGCAUGUGCGAGAAUUCAUCCCGCAACCUGGUGACAAACUGGAGCGCACUUGGGUCGCUAAAGGCGUGAAGAAGUCGGUCGCAAUUCCUACAUACGCCAUCACGAACCUUGACGAAGCACAAACAGCCUACGAAGACUACAUCAAGAGGGGUGUCGUUAGCUGCUUCAAAUCAGUCAUUGAGAGUGUGAUGGGCGUCCGGAUGGGUGUCCAAGACCAACUGAUUUACACCACCUAUCUCAAAGCCUGGGAGUUGUCGCAGAGCGCCAGCACGCCGCCAGAAGAACGGGACCUUUUACUCCAAACACUGGAACUCUGGAUGGCAGUACGCUUGACGACCAAAUCAAUCGAAAUUGUAGGCGACGAGACGCUUGGCAUGAGUCGCGACAUACUCGACAGCAGUAGCCCGCAACACGGAAGCAUCCCUCUUCCGCCAGUAAUGGGAGCACAAUUGGACUUGGUUCUCAUCCAACACAUACAGGCCAGACUUCGACGAGAAAUGCUGGAGAAAUUGCAGAAGAUGACGCUUCAGAACAAACAGAAGACGUGGCUGACGACGUACCUUGUGACUUUCAUUCUGCUGCACAACAUCGCGCUCGUUACGGACCAUGAUGCCUCAUACGCCCAGAAGCAUGGCAUGGGUGUAAGUUGA